CGAGUUAAGCCCUGUCCGAAUCCUUGUUGCGAUCAUCAAAGCUCCUCAGAAGCUGGGGACAGGGGCACCCUCACCCGAACGGCCUAGGAGUCCUUGUUGUUGUCCCUUGUUGCCAGUUGAUUCUCUGUUGACAGACUUCAAACUCACCACGUGGCUCUGUUGCACUCCUCAGCCACUGACACUGACGAUCGAAACAAUGGCACCGUUCACGGCCGCGGAGAAGAAAGAUGAGUUGCCGCCUUACAGUCCUCCGGCAGCGACAGCGGCUGAACGUCGCCGUGUCCCUCCCUCGUCAGUGCGGCGGCGGCAUCAUCCGGCUCUCCAACUUCUACCCCGCAGGUCGCGAACAUUGCGCGUUCUUGGUUUAGCAUGCCUCGUGUUCAUCGUCUACGCGCAAUGGAAACAGAUUUACCCCGUGGGCGGCGUCUCCGGUCCGGACUUUACGAUUCAUGGGCUCUCAACUCGCCACUUGCGAGAGGACCUGAAGACUUGCGAAAAAUUGCACAGUCGGCCGAUUGAUCCACCAGGCUUAGGUAGGACACGGAACGCUCGCUACGUGGAUGGCAAGAACCCUACAAUCAUUAGGAACGCAACGAUCUGGGUCGGCGAGCCAACUACAGAGUCUGCUGGCUACUCUUGGAUUUCGGCCGAUGUUUUCAUCCAAUAUGGUCUCAUCAAACAGGUCGCCAAGGAUAUUGCGAUAGCCUCGCUGCCCGAGGAUGUUCUCGUCUACGAUGCGGGAGGGCGGCCGCUCACCAGCGGCAUCAUCGAUAUGCACAGCCAUGCUGCAGUACACUCACUACCAACACUACACGGAAAUGAGGACGUCAGCGAACUGUCGAAGGACAUCACUCCAUAUGUCCGAUCCAUUGAUGGCAUUCAGCCGACGGAUUACCAACUACAGGUGAUCAAGUCCGGCGGAGUCACAACCUCGUUGAUCCUGCCCGGGUCCAGCAACAACAUUGGCGGCGAAGCCUUUGUGAUGAAGCACGCCGUCGGUACUGCUAACGGACGGAAUGAAACAAGCGUGAUUGAUAUGUUGGCUGAUCCGGAUCGUACCUGGCGGCAUAUGAAGAUGGCUUGCGGCGAGAAUUCCAAGCAGGUUCAUGGGAAAGCGGGCGAACGUGGUCCAUACAGCCGCCUCGGUGAAAGUUGGGAAUUUCGUCAGGCUUUUGAGCAUGCUACCAAGUUGAUUCGCGAGCAAGACGACUGGUGCAAUACCGCGGCUCGAGGCUUCGACCAUGUCCAAACUUAUCUUCAGAACAACCUGGAAUGGGAAGCAUUGAUUGCUGUGCUCAGGGGCCAAGUCCAUGUUCAUGCUCAUUGCUAUACCAUCAACGACCUCGAAGCGUUUGUGGACCACACGAAUGAGUUCAAGUUUCCCAUUCGUGCAUUUCAUCAUGCUCAUCAGACGCAUCUCGUGCCUGAGAUCCUCAAACGGGCAUGGGGAAACAACCCACCAGCAUCCGCUCUCUUCGCGGAUAACAUGUGGUACAAAGCCGAAGCUGCUCUAGGCUCAGAAUACGCGGGGAAACAUCUCUACGACGCUGGACUCACCCCCAUCUAUGUUAGCGACAACCCGGUGCUCAAUGCACAGCACGUUGUGUUUGAAGCUGCAAAAGCGUACAAGUAUGGUCUGCCUUACCACGUGGCGCUCGCAUCCGUCACUACUGCUCCGGCUGAGAGGCUGGGAUUAGAGCAUCGCCUUGGCAAAAUCAAGGCCGGCUUCGAUGCCGAUAUUGUUGUCUGGGAUAGUGACCCGUUAAGCGUUGGAGCCACACCGAUUCAGGUCUGGAUUGACGGCACUGCUCAGUAUGACGAGCCCGUCAGGCUUAACAAGACAUAUGAGGGACUUAUGGUCCCCGAUGAGAGUCUCGGUGAAGUCAUUGAAAAGCCUGAGAUCAUGCGAGGAGACAUUGUGUUCACAGGAAUCUCCAAAGUAUUGCACUCCAUGACAGUGGAAAGCUUGGCUGCCGAUGGAAAGACGUAUAACGUAGCCAUCUCAGACGGCAAGAUUACCUGCGUUGGAAGCUGCGAAGCCGAACUCCAAGCAGCGUCUGGACCAGAGGGUUUUCUAAUUCAUCUCAAGAAUGGGUACCUUACUCCAGCAUUCACCGCUUUUGGCUCGACAAUUGGUCUCAACGCCGUCGAUUCGGAGCGGAACACUGACAAUGGUGCGGAUGGAGGAAAGUUCAGCCGCGGUGUCGACGGGCUCGCACUCGAUACCGAGAAGCUGCAGGUUGCCCACCGCUAUGGUGUCACCCGAGCCAUCUCGGCCCCUAAAUUCACCGCUCUCGGCACGCAUCAUGGCACAAGCACUGGAUUUGUGACUGGGGCUGGGACUAUCCUUGACCGUGGUGCCGUAUUUUCUCGAGAUGCUGCUGUACACUACACUCUCGAUCUCUCCGCGAAGAGCGGUGCCGAUGGAAUCUUGUCCAUGUCGGCAGCUGUCGGUGAGCUGCGACGGAAGCUUCUGAGGGCAGUCUCUUCUUUCGUUGCGAAUGACAAAGUCCCCGUGGAAGAGCGAUAUUCGGAGUCUGCGUUUCUUCGUCAAGUUGUUAAAGGCCAGAUGGCACUCGUUGUGACUGUGCAUAGCGCAGACACCAUUGCUGCCUUGUUGGAUGUCAAAAGCACCGUGGAAGAUGCCGUUUCAGAGCUCAUCGAGAGCUCAAAGAAGCUUCAUCUGGUCGUAUACGGCGGCGCCGAAGCACAUCUAGUUGCUAGCGCGUUGUCUGCUGCCAGGGUGGGAGUCGUCUUGGCUCCAAUUCAAUCCUUUGCCAUCUCAUGGGAUCAGCGACGAGCGCUUACUGGCGCGCCUUUGACAAAUGGCACAAGUAUUGAUGUCCUGCUUCAGGCCGGAGUUGAUGUGGCUAUCGGCCUGGAAGAGGACUGGAUUGUGCGAGACCUUGGCUUGCUUGCGGGCGUUGCGUACAGAAACGGCGAAGGGCGACUGAACGAGAAGACUGCGUUGGAUUUGGUAGGGCGCAAUGUGUACAAGGUCCUUGGACUGGAAGACGGACUUCAGCAUGAACACUUUGUGAUACAUGACGGUAGCCCCCUAGAGAUUGGAUCGAGGAUAAGGUCGGUAAGUGAUGGGAGAUCUGGACUGUUAGUCUUCCGAUAGGAAACUUCAAAAUGAUAGAGGAUUAGGCAUAGGAGACGGAAUCGGCCGAGAACGCACGUGUUGGACCGCUCAGACGAUGUCACUCGUCUCCCAGCGCGUCCCAAA